CGCAAUCCAACGUCUCUCGAGAACGAAAAAUACCGCGCUUCUCCUCUGUUAGGCGCUUUCGCCCCGAUGAUUAGAUACCCUGGUUUAUUCCCCGAAUUUUUAUUCGAAUAUGCUUCGAUUCCGUUGCCUGCCGCCUCUUCUUCCGUGGGCCGUUCUCGUUCUUGUUCCUCUUCCUCCUCCCGCGACUUCGCAGUCGGUCGAAUUGGUUGCUGGGAGAGACUUCUCUUGGAUCCCAAGCGGUCGGUCGAGGAGGGAUUCGCGAUUUGAGAUUUGGAUCGGUAAUUCGGCAUCGGUCUGCGAUUCUUGAUGGGAUCUGCCUUCGCGGUUCGGCAUGCGGGAAGGUUUAUCUGAUCUGGUUGUUUGUAAAGAAUAAAGAUCGCGUUUUGGACAGAUUCUGUUCUUUCUAUCCGGCUUCGGUAUCUGCAUUCCUUUCGGUUUUUUUUGUUUUUUGAUUCGGAGUUUUUUUUAGAGAACUCUGAGGUGUUGCGUUCUGUUUGUCUGAGAAUUUGAAAGAAACAAAGGAAACCAGCGAUCUUGGUAGAUUUUUGUGGCUUUGAUGUUGGUCUGUUUGGGGUAUCAUUGUUUAUUUCCUUUGGGCGGUGUUUUCUGAAGUUGGAGGGCUUCUAGGGAUUGGAUCCUGGUGAAAGGUGAAUCCUGUAGCGGUUUUAUGAUCUGGGACACCGGAAAGGUGGGACUUUGGGGAAGAUGUAUGCGGUGGAGAAGUUGAGCAACUACAUCACCCGGGGGGUGUACACCGUCUCAGGGCCUUUCCACCCGUUCGGAGGAGCUGUGGACAUAAUUGUGGUUCAGCAGCAGGAUGGGAGCUUCAAGACCUCGCCGUGGUAUGUUCGGUUUGGGAAAUUUCAAGGUGUGCUGAAGACAAAGGAGAAAGUUGUCAGCAUAUCUGUCAAUGGAGUUGAAGCUGGAUUCCACAUGUUCUUGGAUCAUAAAGGUAAAGCCUAUUUCCUCAGGGAGUCUGAUGCCGAAGAAGGAGACUUCAUUGUGUCUCCCACAUCCUCUGGAGACGAGACAGAUGAGAAGAUGCGGAAUGGACAAUUGAAGAAGAUUCAGAGCUGUGAUUUUGAUGGCGGUCGGAGAGAGAUGAUGAGCCAGAUGGAUAUGGGGAAUGGGAAGAUUGUCAAGCAAACAAGUUCAAGGCGCUCCACAAUUUUGGGUCUUAUGUUUGGACGGAAGUCGAUGACGGUUAGAGAUGAGGGGAGCAAUGUGGAGAGGGUGAGUUCGUUGGAGCGUGCAGAGAUUGCAGCUGACCUCUUGGAAGUGAAGUGGUCGACCAGUCUCCCAACCAAUGAUCGUAGAGAUGUUAAUUCUCCUGGAAAACAAUUUGAAAGUGAUGAUAAAGAUGUGAAUGUCAUCGAAAAAGAACAAAGUCCACAUACACCUUCCUUGAAGGAUGGCCCUGAUCAUGAUGAAAUGAUUCACUCUCAUUGUGAGGACCUUGGUGAUAAUUUUGGGUGCAGUACUGCAAGUAAAAAUCAUUUGGAAGAGAUAAUUAAGCAUGAUUCUCCAUGUAUAAGGGCUGACAAGGAGGUUAUAGAUAUUUGCACAUCUGAGAAUGACAAUGUAGCUGAUAGGUGCAGGUUCAUCUCUGAUGAAGUGACUUCAGAAUCCAAGGAUCCUGAUGCUAAUAGCCAAAGUUGUGAUUCUUUUAAAGAUUCAACUGGUUCUCAUGGUGAGCAAUUGAGUGACAUUUUUGGAAAUGAUAUGAGAAACAAAAAAGAUUUUGAAGAGAUAACUUCCCAUGAUGACACUGUAAAGAUUUACACUUCAGAGACCAGCAAUACAGCUGAUAAGAGUGAGGUAGUCUUUGAAUUAGUAAGAAUAGAAUCAAAUCAAAUUAAUGUUCAAAGUCCUGGUUCAGUUGUUCUUUCUCAUGAUACAGUACAGUCAUUGAGUGAAAUAUGUACAGGUUCAACCAAUGAUUCUUCUGUUCUUGAAAACAAAGAGAAGGAAAUUUCUUCUUUCAGCUACUGUGAAACUCUAGAAAGCUCAACCCGCAGGUUCAAUGUUUCCAUGAACCGAGCUCUUGAUGCUGCGGACCUCUUUUCAGGUGGCUGUGGACAGGGAAAGAUAACUUGUGAAAUUCAGUGUGACACAAAUGAGCUGACCUCUGCAGUAAGGUCACAACCAGAAUCAGGUGCUUGCACAAGUAAAGAAAAUUUGAGUGGAUGUCAUGACCAGAAUUUGGAUAUUUCAAGAGUUGAGGUUUCUUCGGUCUCUCAAAAUGAUCAAUCUGACUGUCCAAGCAAUGCUGGCUCUUCUCCCAUGAUGGCUUCUGAACAAAUUUUGAGUGGCCUUUAUUCUUCAUGUAAUGGAGUAAUUGAGGAAUUGACUCAGGUGACACAAACAGUUGAUAACCAAUGUGAUUGCUUUGGGAAUGAAGCUCAGAUGGAGGCAGGAGAAACUACUGAGCUCAUUGAGAUCAAGCGACUUGACUCUACCGAUCAAGUAGAAGAGUUAGAAAAUGUUUGGAAGGGAAUUCAUGCGAAAGAAUCUUGUAUCUUGAAUGGUGAUAAUAGUGCUUAUGAAUACAGUGUUGCUUCUGAAUCUGUUAAAGAAAUGAAAACCAGUGCCCUGUCCCCUGAGGGCUUAGAGGAUGUUCAAUUCCCAUUCAGUGACCCUGACAGCUUUGCUGCUAAAGAAAUGGACCCUGAGUUAUUGCUUGAUGACACAGCAGUGGAAACAGAAGAUCACAAAAUGGUCACUGCAGAAGCAGACUUCAAGGAGCAUGAAUCGAAAAACAGAGAAAAUGAGAAUUUUUUGGAAGGCUUUUCUAAUGUGUCAAGGCCUCAUACCAGUCCAAUAAAUAUUGCUGGAAGCCAGAUGAAUGAGGCAGGAGAUGAACUAUCAGCAAGAUCUUUACCCAAUAUCCGUUCUGACAUUCAUGAUCUUGAAGGGUCCAAUCCUCUCCAGCCACUAAGUUGCUCACUGAAUUUAAAAUCUACAAAUGAAUUGGUGGAUGUUUGUGAGAAGGAAUGUUCCAGCUCUUCAAAAUUGGAGGUAGAUUCUCAUAGCAGUGGAGAGCAAGGUCAGGUUAGACCUGAACAUGUUGCUACAGUUGUUGAUGUUGAAAACAAGGGAGAGCACAAAGGCGCUCCAAUCAACCCUGUUGUUGAGUUAUCCCUCUGCAAACACUUGUUAUAUGAAGGGAUGGGGGCUGAUGCAGCUUGUCAAGCAUUUAGUUCCGAAAAGGUGAAUUUAGAGAAAUUUUGUGCAUUGGGCCCAUCACUUGUGAAGAACAACAAGCUAGUUAUCAAAAUUGGUGAUCAUUAUUAUCCAUGGGAUGUGGCUGCACCACUCCUUUUGGGAAUGGUUUCUUUUGGCCAAGAACAAAUAUUCAAAACUCAAGGGAUGAUCCCUGUGGAUCGAGACGAGAAAAACAUUAAAGGGGAUAGUUCAAGUGCCACAGUACCAACUGGUGUUAGCUGGAGGCUUUGGCCGUUCAACUUUAAAAGAUCUGGAACCAUAAGCACUGCACACAUGGCCCAUGAAGGUUUCAGUGAAAAAGAUGUAGAUUCUGCUUCUGAGAAGACUAAAAACCUGACUUGGGAAAAUGACAUGCUGAAAGCCAGGGGUAUGAAGAAGGUGCAAUCACGUACUCCAACUUCUGAACAGCUUGCUUCCUUAAAUCUUAAGGAGGGUCGGAAUAUCAUAACAUUUAGUUUCUCCACUGCAAUGCUUGGGCGGCAGCAGGUGGAUGCUAGUAUAUAUCUAUGGAAAUGGAAUACUCACAUAGUUAUUUCUGAUGUCGAUGGCACAAUUACCAAAUCAGAUGUUCUUGGACAGUUCAUGCCUCUAGUUGGUGUAGAUUGGUCCCAGACUGGUGUUGCACAUCUAUUUUCUGCAAUUAAGGAGAAUGGAUAUCAACUGCUCUUUCUCAGUGCACGUGCAAUUUCACAGGCGCAUCUAACAAGGCAGUUCCUUUUCAACCUUAAACAGGAUGGGAAACUGCUCCCUGAUGGUCCAGUUGUUAUAUCUCCAGAUGGACUCUUUCCUUCACUUUACAGAGAAGUUAUCAGAAGAGCUCCUCAUGAAUUCAAGAUCUCAUGCCUAGAGGAAAUCAGGGCAUUAUUUCCUUCUGAUUGCAACCCAUUCUAUGCUGGCUUUGGAAACAGAGACACGGAUGAGAUUAGCUACCUUAAAGUCGGAAUUCCUAUAGGAAAGAUCUUCAUAAUAAAUCCCAAAGGUGAAGUUACAGUGAACCAUCAAGUCGAUACAAAGUCAUAUGCUUCCCUUCAUGCAUUAGUCAAUGGAAUGUUUCCUCCCAUGUCCUCAGCUGAGCAGGAGGACUAUAAUUCCUGGAAUUACUGGAAGUUGCCUCUUCCUGAAGUUGAUGUUUGAACCUAUCUAUGUCCUCUCAAGAGGAGUUGAACUAGCCACGUGGAGUGUGAAGAUGGAGCAUGCUUGCAAGCAUCGCUUGAGAACCUUCAGGCCAAUCACUGGUUGUGUACAGUAAAAGCGUGAUAGAUUGUCAGCUGGACAUUGUACAUCAUAUUAGUGGAUUGUGGAGGCAGAUCUGUUGUACCUGAUGGAUUUGUACACUUGCACGGUUGCACCAUAAACUCGUACAAGUAAUGUAACCACAGCUUUCAUUCAUUAGUUAUUGUAUAAAAAAAAAACAGAAUAGUUGCAAAUAAAUGUAAUGUCAAUUAAUUACCAAAAAGUAAAUUGUAAUGUCGAUUCCAUUCUUAUUAGCAUUCAUUCAUGUGUAACUUUUUACUACAUCAAAUGUCAACGUGCUUCAGAGAUAGUGAAAGCAGUGUACAGAUUGACAUUAUCUUUUAAUUUUUAUGGCAUUGGUCUUAACUCAA